AUGUCCUGGCCCGAGCCGCCGGACGAGGCGGAGCGCGUGCGCGUGCUCCACAGCCUGGACGUGCUCGACGUGCCGAAGCAGGAGGAGUUCGAGCGCAUCACGAGCCUCUGCGGGGCGGCGCUCGACGUGCCCGUGUGCCUCGUGUCGCUCGUCGACGCGCAGCGCCAGUGGUUCCUGAGCAACCGCGGCCUCGGCGACGUGCGGGAGACGGGCCGCGAGCUCGCCUUCUGCGGCCACGCCAUCAUGCCGCGGAGCGACGGGGGCCUCCACAGCGACGAGCCCGUCGACGUCUUCGUCGUCCGCGACGCCGAGGCCGACGACCGGUUCCGGACGAACUCGCUCGUCACGGGCUGGCCGCACAUCCGGUUCUACGCCGGCACCGCCCUACGGGUGGCCGGCUCCGACGGCGUCAAGCGGGCCAUCGGCACGCUCUGCGUCAUCGACACGGCCGUCGAGCACGGCGGCACGGGCGCGCGGUGCGCGGACGCGUUCGGCGCGCGCGAGAAGCAGAUCCUCAUGGACUUUGGCGCGCUCGUCGUGGGCGCCAUCGAGGGCCGCACGGCGGCGAAGCGCACGCUCGCCAUGGCGAAGAACGACUACAUCUCCUGCACGGCCCACGACAUCCGCACGCCCGUGGCCUGUUUCCAGCUCUCGCUCGAGCUCCUCGCCGCGUCGCCGCUCUCCGACGAGCAGCGCGAGUACGUCACGGACGCGCAGCUCUGCGUCGAGGUCAUCACGGAGACGGUGGAGCGCGCCAUCGAGACGGCGCGCCAGCAGCGCGGCGCGGCGCCGAGCCCCGCGCGGCGCGAGCGCGUCGACGUCCGGGGCCUCGUCGCGCGCGUCGACGCGCUCACGAAGGCGCUGUCGGCGCAGCGGCCGCCGCUGAACCUGUGCGUGGCCGACUCCGUGCCCGAGCACGUCGCGUCCGACGGCACGCUUCUGUGGCGGUGCCUGCUGAACUACGUCACGAACGCGAUCAAGGCGACGCCCGACGCGACGAAAUCCGUCGACGUCGCGUUCUCGGUGGUGUCCAUGGACCGCACGGGCGUGACGCCGCCGUCGACGUGCGCGUCCCUGCUCUGCCGCGCGGGCGAGGCUUUAGGCCCCGCGCCGGGCGAGGACGGCUUCCCGGACGCGCCCGAGGACGACGAGAACGUCGUCGCGCUCGCGCCGCACGAGGCGCCCGCGUCGGGCCGCUGGCUCAAGCUCGAGGUCGCGGACCAGGGCGCGGGCGUGCCCCGCGCCGUGCGGCGGCGCCUCUUCCACGCCUUCGUCCAGACGCCGGGCACGCGCGAGGGCACGGGCCUCGGGCUCCUCGCCGUCAAACAGUGCGCGACGAUGCUCCGCGGCGCGUGCGGCACGCGGCCCCGGCGGUGCCACGCGCCCGCGUCGCCGCCGAAGAAGAAGAAGGCCAAACUCGUCAGCGCCCUCGACGCGACGCUGCCGGCGACGGAGAGCCCGCCCGCGCCGUCGCGGCCGCGGCUCGAGCAGCCGCCCGGCGACGACGAGGGCUCCGUGUUCUGGCUGCUCGUGCCUCUAGAGGAGGUCACGGACGACCUGGAGGACCACUCCUCCACCUCGUCCGUCGCGUCGCCCUUCCUCAACUACCGGCUGACGCCCCCGGGCUCGGGCGCGCGCGCGCUCCGGUCGGGGAGCGGCACGGCGCCGCAGCGCGCGCUCCCGCCGGCGGCCCUGCCGCCGCCGCGGCCCGUCAACGCGCCCGACGUCGCGCCGCCCGCGCCGCCGAAGCCGCGGCACGAGGCGCUCAUCGUCGAGGACUCGUCGCCGAUCCGCAAGAUGCUCAAGCGCAUCCUCGAGCGCUGCGAGUUCGCCGUCGACGAGGCGGGCAACGGCGAGCAGGGGUUGGCGCUCCUCUGCAAGAAGCGCUACGACAUCGCCAUCAUGGACUUCCUCAUGCCCAUCAUGGACGGCGUCACCUGCACGAAAAAAUUCCGCCAGUGGGAGGCCGCCGACCGGGCGCGCGCGGCCGCGGGCCGAUGCCUCAUCGUCGGCUCCAGCGCCAACGCCGACGCCGAGGACAUCAAGCACGCCUACGAGUCGGGCCUCGACGACUUCGUCCCCAAGCCCGUCAACGUCACCGCGCUCCGGACCAUGCUCGCGAAGCACGGGCUCCUCCCCGCGGACGCCCCGACGGCGCCCGCGCCCGCGUGAACGUCCGCGUGAACCGCACAUCAGAGCCAACUCACCUGGCCGCCCUUAAACACCCUCGCGUCGUC